AUGGCGACCACUACUAUUGCACAGGGCGGUUGUCGGGGCGAUACCUCGAUCUACAACCGAAACGGCCUGACCGUCCCAUUCAAGAACCUAUGUGGGAAGGAUAUCCAGAAGGUGGUCGACUUCCUCGACCCAACAGAUGAGCUCACAUGGUCCGACUGUCUCGACAGCUGCGUUAUGAAAGCACCGCUGUGCUACGGCUUCGACUUCACACCACAUGGUACAACCGACUUUAGCUGUUGGCUCAUGAACGCCAGUUUUGCAGAGAGCGAUGCGAAAACUCAGACAUAUACAGUCGACGCAGCAAUGGUGGACCCUGACUUGGUAUCUGAGCUCUCAAGUGACUGUCGAACUCUGGGGCUACAGGGUUGUUUCCAGGAGAAUGGCCAGUUGGGUGCAGCUGCGUCCACUAGCGGACUUUCAACAGGAGCAAAAGCAGGGAUCGGGGCGGGCAUUGGAGCUGUGGUACUGAUUGCCAUUCUUGUCGUUAUAUUCUGCGUGCUCAAGCGACAGAGACGCAAGGAUAAAGAUAUCAAUCCGUCUGUAUACCAGAGUACGAAUGGGAAGAUGGUCGAGAAACAUUCUCAUCCGCAGGGAGUUGUUGAGCUCCAGGCCCAUCAGUAUGGCCCGUACGGAUCCCCAGAGCUAGCAGGCUCCUCACCACCCGAAAAUGCAUUUGCUUUCGCGCCGCAGGAGCUUGUGUACGAGAUCGACGGAAUCACUCGAUAUGAGAAAUGA